AUGUGGAGGUUAAUGCGUGUGACUUUGGUCCUGCUCACUUGUGUCAAAGAUUCACAUUCGCAGCUGAACGUUUGUGGACGUCCAAACUCCCAUUUAAACCCCCGUAUUAUUGGUGGAGCAGAUGCCUCUGAAGGUGCGUGGCCAUGGAUGGUCAGUCUGCACAAUACGACUGAUCAGGAACAUUUUUGUGGCGGCUCCCUCAUCAACAGCGAAUGGGUGCUGACAGCUGCUCACUGUGUCUUUGGAAAGGACAUGAACACACUGCUUGUGUACUUGGGAAAGAGGACACAACAGGGACAUAAUGCCAAUCAAAUCAACAGACCCGUCAAUAACAUCAUUCCCCAUCCCUCUUACAAUGAUGGCACAUGUGAUAAUGACAUCGCUCUGCUGCACCUGUCCUCCGCAGUGACCUUUAAUGACUACAUUAGACCUGUGUGUUUAGCAGCCCAGAACAGCAACCUUCCUCCCCGCACCAAAGGCUGGAUCACCGGCUGGGGAGAUAUUGGAAAUCAAAUGCCUUUACCUCCACCUGGGAUUCUCCAAGAGGCUGAGGUUGAAGUGUACGAAAAUAGUGACUGCAGUAAAAUCUGUUGUGGUCCUAUCACCCCCCACAUGAUUUGUGCUGGUACACCACAAGGAGGCAGAGGCCACGGGGAGGGGGACUCUGGAGGUCCAAUGGUGCAUAAGCAGUGUUUGGUGUGGGUUCAGUCUGGUGUCAUCAGCUGGGGUGAACGGUGUGCUCAGCCCGACUAUCCUGAUGGGUACACCCGCGUGUCAGAGUUUCAGCAAUGGAUCACAGGUCAUAUUGUCCAAAACCUGCCUGGAUUUGUUGUUUUCAACCCACAAGCGGCAUGCUCUUCUGCCAGCCAAGACGUUUGA